AAAGAAUUCAUCUAUUGCCGUAAUAUGGAAUGAGAAAUAAGCUAUGCCUCCCAUUUGUUCUCUCUGCUCCUUCACGGAUUAUUACAAGUUUCUACGUUACCAUAUUAAAGAUUGAUAUGACGAAUAGCUCACCAAAGUGGGAGGCGGCACGAUGUUUCGGUUUCAUAUUACUUAGUGUCAUUAUUCUACCGCUGUCAACUUCGAUUGUAUGUCUUCUUUGUAUGAGGAGAAUCCUUUCCAAUCACAACCCAGAAGAAACGCCCCGGAAUAGUUCCUAUGCCAAAUCACCUAAACGGACCGUGCUGGUCACUGGGGUUGGGAUGGCAAAGGGGCUGGCAUUAGCUCGCUCAUUCUAUCUUUCAGGACAUCGUGUCAUCGGAGCCGAUUUUGAACGCGCCGGUAUCCCAUGUCCGGGUCGAUAUUCGCGAAGCCUUUCGGCUUUCUAUCGUUUACCAGAGCAGGACGCGAAAGAUAAUGCCAAGGCUUACACCAAACGCCUUAUUGAUAUAAUUCAAAUCGAAGUGCUGGACCUCUGGGUAUCCUGUUCCGGCGUGGCUAGCGCUGUAGAAGAUGCACACGCAAAAGAGUUGGUAGAGCGACAUACUUCGUGUAAAUGCAUCCAAUUUGAUGUGGAGAAAACUUCCAUACUGCACGAUAAAGGUUCCUUUAUGGAAGAAUGUAAAAAGCUCUCGCUCUCGGUACCGGAAACUCAUGAAGUCAAGUCCAAGCGCGAUAUUCUCCGGAUUCUCUCAGCCUCUACAACAUCCACAGCAGAACGAAAAUUUAUACUUAAACCCAUCGGGGUUGACGAUGCGAACCGCGGGAAUAUGACCCGCCUACCUCUUGCAUCAAAAGUAGAAACCAAUAAAUAUGUCUCCCAGUUACCAAUAUCGGAACAAAACCCGUGGAUUCUACAACAGUUCAUUCCAGGUAACGAGGAAUAUUGUACACAUGCCUUAAUUAUACAAGGAGAGGUCAAAUGCUUUGUGGCAUGUCCGAGCGCCGAGUUGUUGAUGCAUUACAGACCGUUAUCUCAAGACUCGCACUUGUGGCAAUCAAUGCUAGCAUUCACUGUCGAAUUUGUCAAGCGCUCAUCUAAGUUUAAUCCUAUGACGGGUCAUCUGAGUUUUGACUUUAUGGCAAGCGAUCGAAAAUCCGAUCAUAACCAGUUCAAGGAUAUUUAUGCCAUCGAGUGCAAUCCCCGCGCCCAUACCGCGGUCGUCCUUUUUGGACAGCAGAACCCAGAAAUAGAAGCUAUGGUGCAAGCUUACCUCACGGCUGUCGGAAUCAACUCGAAAGAGACGGAAACGGACUUAAUAGAUGGAAUUGGUGCGCCUUUCAGCACUGUUCACACACCAGUCACGCCUGCGGCAGAUUCGAAACCAAGAUAUUGGAUAGGACAUAAUAUUGUCGCCCUUCUCAUUCAUCCCAUACUUUUAUGGGGUAUCGGAUCCAUCAACUUUAGGUCUAUGCUUUCAAGUCUUCUUGAAUUUGUAUCACACCUCUUCUCAUGGAAGGAGGGCACUUUUGAAGUAUGGGAUCCGUUACCCGCAAUGGUUCUUUACCAUGUUUACUGGCCGAUGACAAUUCUAUCCGCCUGGUGGCAUGGAAAACACUGGAGUAGAGUGAAUGUCAGUACCACGAAAAUGUUUAUGUGCUGAGGAUAAAUGUGGUACCUAUUAUGCCAGAGCCGGCGUUCUCGGAGAUAACACUGGCCUCAUCUUAUAUACCUAGGUACAAUUGAAUAG